UAAAAGACGACAGCUUUAGAUGUGUUGUCUAGUUUUACUUAGGCAUUUGAGUUGAAUAUACAAUCCAGGCAAAUAUUACAGUCCAGAGAAUGAACACAUUGCAUGCUGGUUUGAAAUAAGCUCAUGAACUCGUGUAAUAUGUCAAAAGAAUCAAAAACGUUGACUGUCAUGAAGGCUAUUGUUCGCCAACGAAGGAUCACACGUGAAGUCAACAGUGAUCCAGUGUUUAACUUACAAGAUAAUGACAAUGUUCCGAACCCUAAUGAAACGAUCCCAGAUGUGAUCCAAACCCAUGUAUCAAAUCUCCUCUUGGUGCGUAAGCGAUCACAGUCCAUAACUCUUUCGAUGGACGAACGUGUACGGGAAGCAGGAUCUAUUUUAAAGAGAAUUAGUAGAGAAUUUGAAGAAUCCUAUCAGGUCGAAUGUGUAGAGGUAAGAGAAAAUACCCCUAUAAUACAACCAUCAGCUGAAGAACAAGGGUGUCGAGAGUUAGUCACCAGUGAUACCCACUUUCCUUCUUAGCUCUGAGAUAUGAUCUUUGUAUACCUCGUCUUCACAUUUGGACAUUUCAAAUAAUGUAUAUAUUUAUUUAGAUAUAUUACAGAAAACUAAAAAAAUUGAUAGACGUUUUGGUAAAAAAGGUUGUAGCUUAAAUUAGUUUCAGAACUAUUCCUGGGAAUAUGAAGUUUGUGAUGCGGAAAAUCUCGUGAAGCUGACAAACACCUUGUGCCUUGACCAAAGAUAAAACACUACUUUAUGCUCUCAGUAGUAGAAACCUGUUUAUAUCCAACACUCAGUGAGAAAUGUUUUCCUUGACCUCUCUAUGUUACUAAAAAUGGACAAGUCCAACAUUUUUGUUUGUCAAGGUGUGUCGCCUGUAGAAAAGUCUUUUGUGCUACUGUCGAUUUUAGACGAUUAUGAAAUCUCGCUGCACGACACCAGUUUCAACGUCAGUUGCUAUUUAAUUUGUUCAUGGAAUCACAAUAAUUCUCUCAUGUGUAAUAAUUAUGUAAACACUGAGACGUUUUCAUGAAAUGUUUUGUUUAGUUAUCAUUCAUGUGACAGGGGUACAUUAUUGAUAUGAAGUUCUUGGACUUGUUUCAUUAGCUAUAUUAACGUUCUAGAUGAGUUAUUUUAAAUGAAUGACAUCAAUAGUAAACAAAAUGUUUAAUUUAUUCAGCUUAUCAAUGCCUUAUGUUUCAUUUUAUGUUUUCUAUUCUGUUCUCAAUGUUGAAUAUACGGUUUUCGUUUGUGCGUUUUUAUUCUACCCACAGUGUUGUAUAUAAGCCCUCCAUUUAUUGUGUUUCUAUUCUACUCAUAGUGUUUUAUAUAACCCCUCCAUUUAUUGUGUUUCUAUUCUACCCACAGUGUUUUAUAUACCCCCCCCCCCCAUUUGUUCUGUUUCUUUCCACUCACAGUGUUGAAUAUAAGUUCACUGUUUGUUGAGUUCUGUUCCGUUGUAAGCAUUGUAUAUAAGCCGUUUGCUGUGCUUCUUUCCACUCACAGUGUUCAAUAUAAGUUCACUGUUUGUUGAGUUCUGUUCUGUUGUAAGCGUUGUAUAUAAGCCGUUUGUUGUGCUUCUUUCCACUCAUAGUGUUGAAUAUAAGUUUACUGUUUGUUGAAUUCUGUUCCAUUGUAAGCAUUGUAUAUAAGCCGUUUGUUGUGUUUUUCAUUUUACUCACAGUGUUGAAUAUAAAUCAUCCAUUUGUUAACUUUCUAUCAUGUUUUUAUCGUUGCAUCUAAGCCGCCCCCGUUUGUUGUGUUUCCAUUCUACUCACGGUGUUAAACAUAUACACUCAUUCUCCAUUUGUUAUUCUGCUGUAAGCGUCAUAUAUAAGCUCUCCGUUGCUUGUGCGUUAAUUCUUUUCGCGAUCUUAAAACAUUGUAAUGAAUUUAUCUCUUAACGGUUGGGAUUUAAUACAGGUUAAGGUAACACCGUGUUCACAAACCCUGUUGAUGAUAACUGUGUUAUCGAAACUAGUCGGCUAAAAUAACUAAUAAAGAGUUGUUCUUUCAUUGUGCCAAAAAA